GGUCAUGUUAAAAUCGUAUAAAAGAAGAGAGGAAUAGCAGUAGAGCAAAGUGCUUGUCUGAAACUAUUACAGUUUACUAUCACGUUUUUGUUGAAUUUCUGUCCUCUUGAAUAAUUAUCAGUGAAACAGCUAAUCCCCUGAUAGCUCGCUUCUGUUUCAUGUAAAGGUUUGUGGUGGAACGUUAGUUGAAGACUCCUCUUGGCGAUCACGGAAGGAAUACACCAGCGUACCGUUGUGAUUCGCACUGCUUCCAUGACCCCUGGAGAAAUAAAUGCUUACAGUAUGAUGUUUUGAACCUGAACAGAGAUGUUCUCUGUUGUUCUUAGAAGAAGCACGUUAACGGCCCAAAAGGUGUGGCAAUAUGCAGGUCCUCCUCAAAGAUGCUUCACAUCAGUCCUCACUGGAGCUCACAAAGGUGGAUCCAUCUCCAGGCAGACCUGCUGGGCCUCAAAAGCAAAGCCAUUGUUUUCAGACUAUAAUGACGGACGAGGAAAAUGUCCUGAAGAUUGGAGUCUGAGGGGGACUGAGCUCCUCAGAGGGGCUCAAAAUAUUACUGCGUCAUAUUUCACAAGGAGCCAACAUUUCCACUCCUCUGCUGUGAGGCUGAAGAAGCGACCACAGCCCGAAGCUCCUCCAAGGGAGCUGGACCUGCUGCGCUAUGACAUGAAGGACUUGUGGAAGAGUCCCAAACCCGCCCUGUUUCUUGGAUUUGCAGGGCUGAUUCCUUUCGUCACCCCGACUCUGUUCAUGGCUGUAACUGAGAGCUUCUCUCCUGAGCUUGCCUAUGCUCAGUUAGCAUACGGUGCCUCUAUUGUUUCCUUUCUCGGUGGAGCUCGAUGGGGGUUUGCUCUUCCUGAUAGCAGUCCAGCCAAACCUGACUGGAUUAACCUGGCUAACAGCGUGGUUCCUUCCCUGUUAGCAUGGGUGACCAUGCUGAUGAGCGACAAUGUUAUUUCUGCAGGAACCAUGGUUAUCAUGGCACUGGGAGUGUCCCUACACUAUGAUCUGUCUCUACUACCCACUUACCCUAGCUGGUUCAAAGCCUUGCGUGCCGUCCUGACCUUUGUGGCAUUUUUUUCUCUUCUUGGCACUCUCGUAAUAAAUGGAAUAUAUCCCGAAAAGAAUAUAUUCAAAGAUGAGAUAUUAUAAAGAUUAAGUACAGAUAAAGUAUAAAGAUACCAAGUACAGUUUUUCUAUUUCUGUCAUAAUUUUAAAGGUUUUUCUCAAAGUCUGAGUUUUCUGGCCCUCAUGUCAGAAAGGAUCUGUCUUUUUAUGUUAAAGACUUUAUAGGUCAUGUCAAAAAAAACGAGAGCCUUUAUGAAAAUAAAACAUUGAAAUUGA